CGCGUAUAAACUGCCAUCCGACAUGGACGAAUCAUCGUAAAGGAACAAGUCCGAGCCAUUCGCAGAAGUUGGUGAGCCGCCGAGGCCCACGGGGACCACACUGCUGCUCUCCACCGUAUAACUGACGCUAGACAUCGCACCACGCGUAACUAUAUGGGCCCUCCUUGUUACGGCCGAUCCGACUGCGUCGAUCCUUUCACCGAGACUAUUGAAAAUGUCACCGAUGCCACAACUACAAACGCAGCACCAAAACGCUACAUCGUACUUAGUGAGUUUAAAAGUCCAAUUUUCGGCGCUUACAAGUACGACCCACUGCUAGGGGAUUUUGUACUACCUAAUUUAGCCACAACAACCACUACGCCUGCGACAGACAUAGUAAUGAGGGCUGAUGACUCUGAGUUCAAACAGGCCGAGCAAAAAACGACUACUAAAGCUACUACUGUGUCGAAACCAACUACAGAGGACGCUAAAUAUAAAAACCAUACAAAGGAAAAAAAGGGUUCUAGAAGAAACCUAAACGAUUUAACUCAAUGGUAAUAACGCCCAUUUCAAUAUAAUUGAAUUAAUCAAUAUACGUAUGCUUUGCC